AUGUCAAAUCCACAGGAACAGGCUUAUAUUGAAUUUCUCAACUAUGACUGGGAAAAGUCAGAAGAUUUCCAGAAACAUCUUAAAGAAUUGGGUCUUGCUGCUGGUGUAACAUCAAACUCCACCUCCGCAGCAGAUUCUAAUCAACUUAUUGAACAAGCAAAGUCCUUCUUCUUUUGUCAAGAAACUGGUCAUAUAUUAAGUCUAGAUGAUUACGAAGACUGGAAACUACACAAUGGAGACAAGUACGAUAGGAAUGCCAAAAUUAUUGAAAUUGCAGAGGAUGAAGAUUUAAAAUCUAAUAAUGAUAAAGCUUCUAAGGAGACAUCAUCAUCGGCAAGAGCUACUAAUAUAGAAGAAAGUGGCCAAGCAAAUAGCAGCAAUGGCGACGAAAAUGGGGAAGAUGGGGAACCCCCAUAUUCAUCAAAUUAUCAAAACCUCGUUGAGCUCAUAAUGACAGGGAAACCAGUGCCUGGAAUUAAGGAGAUUCCUGAUACGGUCCUUCGAGACCAAGGUUCAGUUUCGCACGAGCAACAAAGAAAGAAACCUUGGGAACAGCUGCAGAAUUAA